AUGGAUUGCUUUCGUCCCCGGCAAAGAGGCGACGAUGAAGACGAUAAAUUAAGAAAGGAAGCUAAUAAGAAAAUAGAAAAACAGCUUGCCAAAGACAAAUUAUUAUACAGGGGUACACACAGAUUGUUAUUGUUAGGUGCUGGGGAAUCAGGAAAAUCGACAAUUGUGAAGCAGAUGCGUAUUUUGCAUGUCAGUGGAUCGUUUAAUCCCGAAGAGAGGAAGCAAAAAAUUGAGGACAUUAAAAAGAAUGUUCGGGAUGCUAUUCUGUCUAUAACAGGAGCUAUGAGCACAUUGAACCCACCAGUAGUUCUGGAACAUUCUAGUAAUAAAGCCAAAGUGGAUUACAUUCAAGACAAAGCCAGCCAUACAGACUUUGAUUACCCUCCGAUAUUUUAUGAGUACACAGAAAUUUUAUGGAAAGACAAAGGUGUACAAACAGCCUUUGAAAGAUCCAAUGAGUACCAACUUAUCGACUGCGCACAGUAUUUUUUAGAUCGAGUACACAUCAUCAAGCAAGCAGAGUACACGCCAACAGAGCAGGAUAUACUUCGGUGUCGUGUGCUAACAUCAGGGAUUUUUGAAACUAGGUUCUCUGUUGAUAAAGUUAACUUUCACAUGUUUGAUGUUGGAGGGCAGAGGGAUGAGAGGCGGAAGUGGAUACAGUGUUUCAAUGAUGUCACAGCCAUUAUAUUUGUCACAGCUUGUAGUGGCUACAACAUGGUUUUACGAGAGGACGCAACUCAGAAUCGACUUCGGGAAUCCUUAGAGCUGUUUAAAAGUAUUUGGAACAACAGAUGGCUACGAACAAUAUCAAUAAUUUUAUUCUUAAACAAGCAAGAUCUAUUAGCUGAGAAAGUUAAAGCUGGCAAAUCAAAGAUAGAAGACUAUUUCCCUGAAUUUGUCAGAUACCAGGUUCCCCCUGAUGCUUUCACUGAGCCAGGGGAUGAUCCGGAGGUACUGAGGGCAAAAUACUUUAUUAGGGAUGAGUUUUUGAGAAUUAGUACCGCCAGCGGAGAUGGUCGGCACUACUGCUACCCUCAUUUCACAUGUGCAGUGGACACCGAAAAUAUUCGUCGGGUCUUUGACGAUUGUAGAGACAUCAUCCAGCGAAUGCACCUACGACAGUACGAACUUCUGUGA